AGACCUGGAAUCGAAUGUCAGAGUGACCCGAAGCGCGUAGAUCCGCCUUCAAUCUCUUCAUCAAGAGGCUGUGUAUUGGCGACAAUUCGCACUCGAAGCUGAUCGACGAAAAUACAAGAUUUACAUGGCUUCGAAACCAUUCCAAAACUCCCCGCCAGAUGCUCAGCUCCAAACUCCUGUGGACAAAGGUUCUGGCCCAGAACCGGAAACACCGACUCAGCAACGAAAAGCCGGGGGCCUUGCCUUGAGCCAAGGCAUGUCCAGCGCUCUGGAUGUGACGCAGACACCUCAGCAAGGCGAGGGACGGUGGUACGGACUGGCUGCUUGAGUAUUGGAGAAAAAGCUCUCGUUGGUGACCGAAAUGCCCAUUCACGAAUAAUGACCUAGAACGACAUGCCACGAAUUGCUUGUGUUUAGGACCCCUUUGAUGCCCAUUGUUAUGCAUUGAAUUAUAUGUCGAUGCGAA